AGGAAGAUGAUCCUCUUUACUGAGACGGAUCCAAACAGCAGCAGGUGGAAGCUGCGGAGGAAACAUGGGAAACACGGACAGUAAACUUCUCUUCAGGAAGGCGGUGAUUCAGCUCACCACUAAAACUCAGCCCGUUGAAGCCACAGACGACGCCUUCUGGGAUCAGUUCUGGGCCGACACCUCCACCACCGUGCAGGAUGUUUUCGCUCUGGUGCCGGCGGCCGAGAUCAGAGCCGUCAGAGAGGAGUCUCCGUCAAACCUGGCAACCCUCUGCUAUAAGGCCGUGGAGAGGUUAGUCCAGGGUGCGGACUCAGGCUGCCCCUCGGAGAAGGAGCGCCACAUCAUCCUGAACUGCACCCGCCUGCUCACCCGCAUCCUGCCGUACAUCUUCGAGGACGCCGACUGGAGGGGCUUCUUCUGGUCCACCGUGCCCGGAGCCGGCAGAGCUGGGCGUUUGGACGACGACGGCACCGAAGACGAUGAAGAUCGGCCGCUGGCUGAGUCGCUGCUGCUGGCCAUCACCAACCUUCUCUUCUGCCCAGAUUUCACCGUGCAGAGCCACAAGAAGAGCAGCACGGACACAGCGGAGGACGUCCGCUCCAUCGACAGCUGUGAGUACAUCUGGGAGGCUGGAGUCGGCUUCGCUCAGGCUCCUCCUCUCAACUACGUCCAUGACCUCAACAGGACGGAGCUGCUGAAGUUGCUCCUCGCCUGUUUCUCUGAGGCCAUGUACCUUUCCCCGUCCUCUGAAAGUAGAACCCUCAACCCCUGGGUCACGUUUUUCUGCUCCGUGGAAAACAGACACGCCCUGCCUCUGUUCACCUCCCUGCUCAACGUGGUGUGCGGCUACGACCCCGUGGGUUACGGCAUUCCGUACAACCACCUGCUCUUCUCUGACUACCGGGAGCAGCUGGUGGAACAGGCCGUCCAGAUCCUUAUCGUCACCCUGGAGCACGAAGCUGGGUCGUCCGCCGGCGCCGCCCUCCAGGCCCUGGAUGCCACCGCAGCCCCCGCAGCUGAGGAGGAGCAGGAGCCUGCAGGACCUGAUAACCUCUUCGUGAAUUAUCUCUCCAGGAUCCACAGAGAAGAGGACCUGGGCUUCAUCCUGAAAGGUCUGGCUCGACUGCUCAAUAAUCCUCUGGUCCAGACGUACCUGCCUCGUUCCGCCAAGAAGAUCCAGUUCCACCAGGAGCUGCUGAUCCUCUUCUGGAAGUUCUGCGACUUCAACAAGAAAUUCCUGUUCUUUGUGCUGAAGAGCAGUGAUGUGUUGGACAUGCUGGUUCCCAUCCUGUUCUACCUGAACGAUGCCAGAGCGGAUCAGUCUCGUGUCGGCCUCAUGCACAUCGGUGUGUUCAUCCUCCUGCUGCUGAGUGGAGAGAGAAACUUUGGUGUUCGUCUGAACAAGCCGUACACGCUCCGUGUUCCCAUGGACAUUCCUGUUUUUACAGGAAACCACGCCGACCUGCUCAUCGUGGUCUUUCACAAAGUCUUCACCAAUGGUCACCAGCGUCUGCAGCCGCUCUUCGACUGUCUGCUCACCAUCAUAGUGAACAUUUCACCUUAUCUGAAGAGUCUGUCCAUGGUGGCGGCCAACAAGCUGCUCCACCUCCUGGAGGCCUUCUCCACACCCUGGUUCCUCUUCUCCUCCACGCAGAACCACCACCUGGUCUUCUUUCUGCUGGAGGUCUUGAACAACAUCAUCCAGUAUCAGUUUGAUGGGAACUGUAACCUGGUGUACGCCAUCAUCCGCAAGCGAAACGUCUUCCACCAUUUGGCCAACCUGCCGUCUGACGCGGCGUCCAUUCAGAAGGCCCUGCAGAAGAAGAAGAGUUCGUCCAGGGUCUCCAGGACCAACUCGACAGAGAGCGAGUCCAUGGAGGGCUCCACACCGGCUGUACCUGCAGAGCCCGGCACACUCAAAACAAGCCUAGAGGCCACUCCAGGUAUGACGCUUGAUGUUGUUCUUCAGCGGAAACAGAUUCUCUUGUGUCCUGCAGGAAUCGAUAAGAUAACGGAGAAGUCCCAGGUGAGUGAGAACGGCACCAUGGUCGCUGUCCCACAUUCGGACUCUCCGCAGGCGGCUGCAGACAACAGUGCGACGGCCGGAGCCAGCGACACAGAGUCCAACUCAGAGAGAGACCACAAGAUCUUCAACUCAGAGUACGAAUCAGUGAGGAGUCGCUUGUCAUCGGCGUCCGGCAGCGCUAAUCCAGACUGGGUGUUGUCGUGGAAGGCGAAGCUUCCUCUGCAGACCAUCAUGCGGCUGCUGCAGGUGCUGGUUCCUCAGGUGGAGAAGAUUUGCAUCGACAAGGGUUUGACAGACGAGUCAGAAAUCCUGAAGUUCCUUCAGCACGGGACGCUCGUCGGCCUCCUGCCCAUCCCUCAUCCUAUCCUCAUCAGAAAGUACCAGGCCAACGCCGGCACGGCCAUGUGGUUCCGCACGUACACGUGGGGAGUCAUUUACUUACGCAACUUGGAUCCUCCAAUCUGGUACGACACGGACAUAAGGCUGUUUGAUAUCCAGAGGAUUUAGAGGAGUCGCUGGGGACGACUGGCCGACGCCCUCACACCUCAGCUCCGAUCACUGAGCGUAUCAAAACUUUAUUGAUGUUUUUAAAGACAACAAGCAGCGACAACCUUCCUCUUGAAAAACUGAAUCGUUCAACACGAGUCAGUUCCUGGUUUUGAGGCGGAGUCUGUAUCGUAAGCAGAUGCAGCGGAAUCGAUGCCAAAUGUAACAUAUGUGAUUUAUUGAAAAUUCAAUUCUUCAUUUUGCCGAAAGAUAAGUUCUGCGUUCAGAGGUGCAAUGAGGUGUUUCUGCACGAAGGUUUGUGUUUUGUGUUUUUGUACAGAACUGUUUUCUGUUGAUCUUUGAAAAUCCUCACGUGUGUAUAAAUGAGGACGAAGGAACCUGACAGACUGAAACUUUGCUCUCUGCGCUGAAAGGAAACAAAACAUUGUCCGAGAAGGAAACGGAAAAUGUUUUAAGUAAGAAACUUUGACAUGUGAAUGUGACAUAUUUGAUUCUGUCAGAAUUUGAAAAAUCAGUUUAAUCUCACAGGAAAUGAUUUGAUUAAACACGUGUGUUAUAAUUCAACAGAUUCUGCAGAGAUACAAUGAUUGUGAUAUACAUUUUAAGAUCUUUGCUAUUUUCUCCUCUACUACUUAACAUUUCAUAUGUUGUGCUUUUAUCUAACAGCUGCUUUUACU